CCACACCCUAUGAACUUAUUCAGUUUCUCACCUGAUCUCACUCUCCUCUAAUGUAAUAAUAAUCACUUUUCCAGUAUUAACACAUUUUCAAACCACCAAACAAACCCUUACUCUCUAUGGCGAUCUCAUCACAAUCUUUCUCACCUUCCUUCAUCUUAACUCGCACCGAUUCAACUCGUCCAACUCGUCUUCCCUCUCGAUUCACCUCCACUCACUUCCGCAAACCCCAAACCCGCUCUUCCUCCCCUCGAUUCAUCGCUUCUUCGCGUCUCAACUCGUCUAAAUCCUCCGACGCCGGCGGUUCUAUUUCUCCGGACAACGGCGACGUCACCUACGAGCUCCACCACGAUCUCUCGCCGCAGCGGCGGAGACGCGGAUCGCCGGUUUUCGUGACGCUGCCGGUGAAAUCUGUGGGGAGGGAAGGGAAGAUAUGGAGGCCGAAGGCGAUGAUGCUGUCGUUAAAGGCGUUGGCGGCGGCGGGUGUGGAAGGGGUUGUGGUGGAGAUUUGGUGGGGGGUGGUUGAGAGGAAUGAGCCUAGGGUUUAUGAUUGGCGAGGGUAUCGGGAGCUUGUUAUGAUGGCUUGCAUGUGUGGACUCAAAGUUCGUGCUGUUCUUGCGUUUCAUCAACAUGGCACAGACGGUGAUGAUCUUAAUGGGAUACCACUUCCUUUAUGGGUGCUUGAUGAGAUACAAAAGGAUCCGGAUUUAGCAUUUUCUGAUAGGUUUGGAAGAAGAAAUACUGAAUAUAUUUCUCUCGGGUGUGAUACUCUUCCUGUGCUGCGCGGGCGUUCUCCCAUUCAAGUAUAUGCAGAUUUUAUGAGGGAUUUCAGGGACACUUUUAGGCCUUUUCUUGGCACUAUCAUUACAGGAGUACAGAUUGGGAUGGGUCCUGGUGGUGAACUAAGAUACCCUUCAUUGUCAUUACAAAAGCUAAAUUUGGCUUGGUCUCGCGAACUUGGAGAGUUUCAGUGCUAUGAUAAGUAUAUGCUUGCUUCUCUAAACGCCUCUGCAAGAAAUAUUGGAAAGCGUGAAUGGGGAAAUGGCGGUCCAUCUGGUGCUGGAAGUUUGAUCCAAAAUCCUGAGCGUACUGAAUUCUUUAGAAAUGAAGGUGGCUCUUGGAACAUGCCAUAUGGUAAAUUUUUCCUCGAAUGGUACUCAGAUAUGCUACUACUGCAUGGAGAGAGAAUUUGUAGGGAAGCUGAAACUAUAUUUAGGGGCACAGAAGUCCACAUAUCAGCAAAAUUGGCUGCCAUUCACUGGCACUAUGUCACACAAUCCCAUCCAUCGGAGGUAACAGCAGGCUAUUAUAAUACUUUUAACAGGGACGGAUACAUACCAAUUUUACGCAUGUUUAGUAAAUACGGAUUCUCGAUGUGCUGCUCUUGUUUUGAAAUGCAAGAUAUAGUUAUGAAGAAGAUCAACCCAGAUUGUAGCCCCGAAGGUUUUCUUAGACAACUUUUGCUGGAUGCUAGGCUCUGUGACAUAUCACUUGAAGGCCAAAAUUUUUCAACCGAUUUGGAUGAUGAUGGAUUCUCUCAGGUGCUAAAGAUGUCAAAAUAUUACUCAGAUGGCAUCGAGAGACGCCCCUUCUCAUUCAACUUUGUAAGAAUGGACAAAAAUAUGUUUGAACCCCGAAAUUGGGACCGGUUUACUCGAUUUGUGAGACGAAUGUCUGAUGGAAACAUGUUUCGAGCCCGAUUAAAUUCUGUAGGAAACCUACGGUUGAAAACUACAGUGGCUGCACAAGUUGGAUUGUUAUACCAGCUUUACCAGUACUCUUGAAGGCAUAUUUUAGUAUUAUCAUCCAUCAUCUUUCUAGUGUUAUGAAAUGAGUAGUAUCUGCCGAUUCUUAUGAUUCUUUUAUUGCUUAUGGGCAACUUUUACUUCUUCAGAGAACCACCACCUUACAUGACCUUCCAGUGUUUUUAUAUGGUUGGCAUGUUAUUCCACUUGUACCUAUAAUUCUGAUGGACUGAGAUGCAAUCUUGGAUCCAGAUACUGUUGGAAUCUUAGUUCAUCAAGUUCGUCCCAUUUUUUAUUAUCUAUUCUGUGGAGAUGGAUUCUUGAUUAUAAAGCCCUGUAUAAUAACUUAAUGAUGAAUAUCUUUAGAGCAGAUUGUAUGUUUGGAUUUCUAAUGAGUAUAAAUUGCAAAUGAUCCAAUUAUAUUA